AUGGCGUCGGAAAGCGACACGGAGGAAUUCUUUGACGCCCCUGAAGAUGUGCACCUAGAGGGCGGCGACCCUGUCGGGUAUCCAGGAAAAGUUGGGAUUUCAGCAUUAAAGGAAACAGAGAACUCUGCAUGCAAAGUUGGAAAUGAGUCCACUCUACAAGAACUGAAACAAGAUGUAUCUAAAAAGAUUAUUGAAAGUAUUAUUGAGGAGAGUCAGAAAGUACUACAGCUUGAAGAUGAUUCUUUGGAUUCCAAAGGAAAAGGACAGUCUGAUCAGGCUAUUGCCAGUCCUGUCACAGCUGGAAGAGAUCUUAGCAAUAUACCUGGACUGUUAGCCAUAGAUCAAGUACUGCAGGAAGAUUCUCAGAAGGCAGAGAGUCAGGAUGUAUCUGAAGAAACUGAAUUAGAAUCAAAACAGUGUUUUCCUUCUGAUGACACAUGUGAGAAGCCAGUAGAUGAAACCACAAAGUUAACUGAAAUAAGUUCAACUGCACAGCUUAAUAUUCCUGAAACUGUAACAGAAGUGUUGAACAAGGAAGAAGUGGAAGUCAAAGAAAGUGAUGUUCUAGAAUCUGUAUCCUCGCACUCCUUAUCUAUGAAAGAUUUUGCCGUAGUGGAAGAAGUUGCACCUGCCAAACCACCAAGACAGCUUACUCCAGAACCUGAUAUAGUAGCUAGUACAAAGAAGCCUGUUCCAGCACGCCCACCCCCUCCAGCUAACUUCCCACCUCCUAGGCCCCCACCUCCAUCUCGACCUGCUCCACCACCAAGAAAAAAGAAGAGUGAAUUGGAGUUUGAGGCUCUUAAGACACCUGAUCUAGAUGUUCCCAAAGAGAGUAUUACAUCUGAUACUCUCCUAACUACGAACAUGGCUUCAGAGAGUACAGUCAAAGAUUCUCAGCCUUCUCUUGAUUUGGCAAGUGCUACCAGUGGAGAUAAAAUAGUUACUGCCCAGGAAAAUGGAAAAGCACCUGAUGGGCAGACAAUAGCCGGUGAAGUGAUGGGCCCUCAGAGACCUAGAUCCAACUCUGGGAGAGAGCUUACUGAUGAGGAAAUUUUAGCCAGUGUAAUGAUUAAGAACCUAGAUACUGGAGAAGAAAUACCUUUGAGUCUUGCAGAAGAGAAACUGCCAACGGGUAUUAAUCCUCUCACUCUACACAUCAUGAGAAGGACUAAGGAAUAUGUAAGUAAUGAUGCAGCACAGUCAGACGAUGAAGAGAAGUUACAGUCUCAACAAACAGAUACUGAUGGUGGACGGUUAAAACAGAAAACGACUCAACUAAAGAAGUUCCUAGGAAAAUCAGUAAAGAGAGCGAAGCACCUUGCUGAGGAAUAUGGUGAACGUGCUGUAAAUAAAGUUAAAAGUGUUAGAGACGAAGUUUUUCAUACUGAUCAAGAUGAUCCUUCAUCAAGUGAUGAUGAAGGAAUGCCGUACACAAGACCAGUUAAAUUCAAAGCAGCACAUGGCUUCAAAGGACCUUACGAUUUUGAUCAGAUCAAAGUGGUACAAGAUCUUAGUGGUGAACAUAUGGGAGCUGUGUGGACCAUGAAAUUUUCUCACUGUGGCAGAUUACUUGCCUCUGCUGGACAAGACAAUGUAGUGAGAAUAUGGGCUUUAAAAAAUGCUUUUGACUAUUUCAACAAUAUGCGAAUGAAAUACAAUACAGAAGGACGUGUGUCCCCAUCACCUUCUCAGGAAAGUCUAAAUUCAUCAAAAUCUGAUACAGAUACAGGGGUAUGCAGUGGAACUGAUGAAGACCCUGAUGAUAAAAAUGCACCAUUUCGACAACGGCCGUUUUGCAAAUAUAAAGGACAUACUGCUGAUCUGCUUGAUCUUUCCUGGUCUAAAAACUACUUUCUGCUUUCUUCUUCAAUGGAUAAAACAGUCAGAUUAUGGCACAUUUCCAGAAGAGAAUGCCUUUGCUGUUUUCAGCAUAUAGAUUUUGUCACUGCCAUAGCUUUCCAUCCAAGAGAUGACAGGUAUUUUCUAAGUGGGUCAUUGGAUGGAAAGCUCCGCCUUUGGAACAUACCUGACAAAAAAGUGGCUUUGUGGAAUGAAGUAGAUGGUCAAACAAAAUUGAUCACAGCUGCAAAUUUCUGUCAGAAUGGCAAAUAUGCAGUGAUUGGAACAUAUGAUGGAAGGUGUAUUUUCUAUGAUACAGAGCAUUUGAAAUACCACACACAGAUACAUGUCCGAUCUACUAGAGGGCGCAACAAGGUUGGAAGAAAAAUUACUGGCAUUGAGCCUUUACCUGGAGAAAAUAAGAUACUGGUAACCUCAAAUGACUCCAGAAUCAGACUAUAUGAUCUUAGAGAUUUGUCACUGUCCAUGAAGUAUAAAGGUUAUGUCAACAGCAGCAGCCAGAUCAAAGCAAGUUUCAGCCAUGAUUUUAAUUACCUUGUUAGUGGCUCAGAAGAUAAGUAUGUUUAUAUCUGGAGUACUUACCAUGACUUAAGCAAGUUUACUUCAGUCAGGAGAGAUCGUAAUGACUUUUGGGAAGGUAUUAAAGCACAUAAUGCAGUUGUUACAUCAGCUAUCUUUGCUCCAAACCCAAGUUUGAUGUUGUCUUUGGAUGUGCAAUCUGAAAAAUCAGAAGGAAAUGAAAAAGGUGAAGAUGCCGAAGUGUUGGAAACCAUGCCCUCUGGUAUUAUGAAGACAGACAACACAGAAGUUCUACUCUCUGCUGACUUCACUGGAGCAAUCAAAGUGUUUAUUAACAAAAGGAAAAAUGUAUCUUAA